AUGCGACUCCCUCCCGAGCUGAUGCUGCUCGUAGCCAAGCAGCACCAAUCUCAACAUGCCUUCGGUACUCUCUCCAGUCUUCUCCGUACUUCCAGUGGGAUAUACGAUCUCGUCGCGCCUCUCCUCUACCGGAACUUGUUCAUCAUGACUGAUAAUGCCCACAAGAUCUUUGUCAGUCUCGAGCCUCACAAGUUUGGAGAGGUGAUCACCGAGGAGAAUGAUGAGCAAAAAGAGAGAGAGUUGAGGGAUGAGAUCAGAGAUGAGUGGACUCUGUGGCCUUCCGUACCCAUCAAGCUACCUUCCGACCUCGCCCCCUUCCCGUCCUUGACCUCAUCUUCCUACAUUUCGUCCCCAGCCACACAUCGCCGCAAGCUCGCCCUCCUCGCGCACACCCGCUCUCUCGCCCUUCUGUCCUUGCCUACCCCACCCGAAAGCAAGAUCCUGUUACCCCUAUUUCCUGCAAGGUCACCUGUACCCCUUCCUUUGAUGCCCAAUCUGGCACAAGUCACGUUGGAGGAUGAAUUCAUAGUCCAAGCAGGGGACCAUCUUUCGAGACACUGGGCAGGACCGCAGAGGACGAGUACGCCUGUACCCCGGCACCCAUUCAUCGACUUUCUCCUCCUCUCCACCCCUCCUCGCCUCGACGCGCUUACCUUUCACUUUCCACUCCUCACGCCUGCCCUCAAGCAGGCAUUCAACGAUCUGAGAGAAGGUCCGGAGGAUGUCGUCAAGCGCUGCACGGUGGGAGGUACGAGGCACAGAAGGAUGCAGCACGAGUGGAGUCUGUUCAAGGAAGAGAUACUCGGGAUGGGGCUGAUGCCCUUGACAUUCCACUGGAAGGGCGAAAGAGUGUAUAUGGAUGGGGUCACUUGUUCCGCCGUGCCCAUGCCGAGGAAAGGCGUCGUGACGAUCAAGUAUGAUCCUUGCUCUUGCCGCUGCGAGGACAAGGUGGAAGGCGAGCCGGCUAGGGACUGUGCCAAUCACGUAGACGCACAGAAACGGACUGGACAGAUCCUAGAGACAAUCAAGCCGACGUAUGAUGCGGUAUUUGCCGCUUCUGCGGAUGACAUUGAGCAGUGGGUCUUUAUCGAUGUCGAAGAUGUCGAAGGAGGUGGCGGCGAUGAUGGGGUAGAAAGUCAAGUGAGAAGAACUCUGGGAGACAUUGAACGAUCCAGUAGAGUCGUAUUCUCUUCGUUGAAGGAAAAGACUAGAAGUGAAUAA